AUGGGCGAUAUUAUCUUGACCUUUUCGGUCCCUGGUAAGACUGAUGUCAAAGCUUCUGUUCUGAUAGGGUUGUUCGAUGAGGCUGCAUUGUAUAAUGUCCAAUAUGGUACUAUAUAUGGUGCGGCGAUUGGAGCUUGUUCUAUUAUGAUGGCGGUCUUAUGGCUUAUAGUUAACAAUAAGAAAACCCCUAUCUUUAUAAUGAACCAGUUGACUCUAGCAGCCAUGAUUGUGAGGAGCUCUCUUUAUGUGGCAUAUUUACAUGGGCCUCUUGCAAAUAUGUCUUACGUUGUACUUGGUUUAGUAGACACAGAUGAUUUGAAAUCUUAUAAUGUCACCCUUGCUGCCAAUUGCUUCCAAGUGAUUGUUAUCGCAUUGAUCGAGUGUUCAAUGACAUUCCAGGUUUACAUGAUUUUCAGGUCACCUGAAGUGCGUAAAUUAGGAUAUGUUUUAUCUGGCUUGUCGGGAACAUUAGCGUGUCUCAUCGUUGGUCUUUACAUCAACUAUAUCGUUGAGAAUUAUAGGUAUUUUCAUCAAGGCUCUUCUUCCACGAUCCAGUUGGGAGGAUGGAAAACCGACUUACCUUCUAUCUUAUUUUGUGCUUCUAUUAAUGCAAUGAGUAUUAUGUUGAUAACAAAAUUGAUUUUUGCAAUUAAAACUAGAAGAUACCUUGGGUUGAGGCAAUUCGAUAGCUUCCAUAUAUUGUUAAUUGUGACAUCUCAAACAAUGAUAGUUCCUUCAAUUUUGGUAUUGGUCAACUAUGCAAAUAGCAAAACAUUUUAUUCUGAGCUAAUCACAGUAAGCAUUUUCUUAGUCGUGUUGUCUUUGCCUCUAUCCUCCAUGUGGGCAGCAGCUGCCAAUAAUUCUAGGGUUCCAAAUUCAUCAAAUUUGAGACUCAUGAGAUCUUACGAUUCAGAUUCGGAUGCAGGUGCAAGUACAGUUUACAGUCUCUUUCCCAAGAAAUGUUCCAGGGUCAACACACCUACCUCAGAGUUCGAUAGUGGUACUUUAAAUGGGUCACCAACAUCCUAUUUUAAAAAUGUGAUAACACCUACAAGCGCAACUACGGAAGGAACUUUAAAUACCAGGAUGCCUCCUGAUCUAGAAGGAAUGGCAGAUGGCAUUAGUGCAAAUGAAAUGGACAGGAGCCAUUCUUUGAGCUAUAAUGAUUGUGAUUCUGUCGAGAAGUAUCUUAACAACGUUGGUAACGACCAAUUUCUUUCUGUCCAAACUCGAAAUGUCAAUGUGAGCAGUUAG